AUGGCUGUAGGGUUGGAUGCCGUGUGGAUUCGGAUCAAGGACGUGUGUAAAAGGAACGGGCUGCUGAUCCUCUCUGUGCUCUCCGUCAUCAUCGGAUGCCUCCUGGGGUUCUUCCUCCGGACAAGGCGGCUCUCCGAACAGGAGGUGAAAUAUUUCCAGUUCCCGGGAGAGCUCUUGAUGCGGAUGUUGAAAAUGCUCAUUCUCCCUCUGGUUGUUUCCAGUUUGAUGUCGGGACUGGCAGCGUUGGACGCCAAGGCCUCCAGUCGACUGGGCAUCAUCACCAUCUCCUACUACCUGUGGACCACGUUUGUGGCGGUGGUGGAGGGUAUCAUCCUGGUGUCCAUUAUCCACCCCGGGGGGGCCGCCCAGAAGGAGAGCACGGAGGACAGCGGCAGACCCAUCAUGAGCUCCGCCGACGCGCUUCUCGAUCUCAUCCGCAACAUGUUUCCAGCAAACCUGGUUGAAGCCACCUUUCAGCAGUACCGCACGAAGAUCAUCCCAAUCAUGAAGUCUCCGAAGGCAGCGUCUCUCACUGAGACCAUGCCUCGCCGCCUCGUCAUCUACGGGAUCCAGGGCGACAACGGGAUGGACAUCCAGAACUUCUCCCUGGACCUCACCCCACCUCCCGAGAUCAUCUUCCGCUCCCUGCCUGGCAGCAGCGACGGCAUGAACGUGCUAGGGAUCGUCAUCUUCUCCGCGACCAUGGGUAUAAUGUUGGGAAGGAUGGGAUCCAAUGGCAGCCCCCUGAUCAACUUCUGUCAAAGCCUGAACGAAGCCGUGCUGAAGAUCGUCGCGGUAGCUACCUGCUACUUCCCCUUUGGCAUUGUGUUCCUGAUCGCUGGUAAGAUCCUGGAGAUGGACGACCCCACGGCUAUCGGCAAGAAGCUGGGCUUCUACGCCAUCACUGUGGUUCUGGGGCUGGUCUUACAUGGCCUCUUCAUCCUGCCCAGCAUGUACUUCUUCAUCACCAAGAAAAACCCCAUCGUCUUCAUCAGGGGCAUUCUCCAGGCCUUGCUCAUCGCACUGGCCACGUCAUCCAGCUCCGCCACGCUGCCUAUCACCUUCAAAUGCCUGCUGGAGAACAACCACAUCGACAGGCGCAUCAUCCGCUUUGUGCUGCCCGUCGGAGCCACCAUCAACAUGGACGGCACCGCGCUGUACGAGGCCGUGGCCGCCAUCUUCAUUGCACAGGUCAACAACUACGAGCUUGACUUCGGGCAGAUCAUCACCAUCAGUAUCACGGCAACGGCUGCAAGUAUUGGAGCUGCUGGCAUUCCUCAGGCCGGCCUGGUUACCAUGGUGAUCGUGUUAACAUCGGUCGGAUUACCGACUGAUGACAUCACUCUGAUUAUCGCUGUGGAUUGGGCGUUGGACAGGUUCAGGACCAUGAUCAAUGUGAUGGGGGAUGCCCUGGCCACCGGGAUCAUGGCUCAUGUCUUCAGGAGAGAAUUCACUAAGGAGCCCUGUGAUGAGGUCUCUCUGAUCUGCGAGACCAAGCCCAUGAUCAGCAUCCAGCAGCUGAUGGCGUACCAGAAGAAUAGCUGCUCCAACCCCCAGUCUGGAGGAAAGCCUCCGCUCCACGAGGGCAAUGCUGCCGACGUGGCCCGGAUCAUGAGGCUGGAGGAAGGGGUCCAGCCAGAGAAGCACAGCCACAAAGACCACUGCUCCAUUGACAUGAACGGUCUUGAGUCAAACGUAUAA